AUGGUAAGAUACAAUUUAUCGUAUAAAGAUAUGUUCCCCUCAACAACAUUUGGACUGCAGAGCAAAAUAACUACUGGAGAUGACGACCUACCACUUGGAAUACAAACAUUGCUUAAAAUACUAGUGGGUUAUAACAGGUAAGGAACCACUCACCUUUCAGGUAUUGCGGUCAGUAUGAUAUUACAUUUACUACAUUUAGCAGAAGUGCUUAUCCCGAAUGACUUACAGGAGCAAUUAGGUUUAAGUGUCUUGCUCAAGGGCACAUUGAUGGAUUUUUGACAUAGUCGGCUUGGGGAUUCGAACCAACGCUCAACCACUAGGCUACCUGUCACCCCUUAUUACAGUGCAUUCUGUAAGUUAAUGUAAUUACGCUACUGAAAUGAAUUUCCCUUGCUAUUUACUUUAGGAUUGACAUUAAAACCAUGUUAUCCUGAGAUGCAUACAUUUAAAAAGGCAUACAUGCAAAAUACCUUAGAACUGGAGAGACAUGCCAUCCACAGGUGAUUGGGAGGGCAAUUAAAAGUUAGGAGGAAAAUACUGUAUAUUUGACAGUAAAUUGCUGCAAGAGAAGUCAAAACAACAAAUCAUCAUAGUGUAUACUGUUAUUUAGUUAUAAGCAUGCUACAUGCACCUGUCAGCAUGCAGUGGCUUACCUGUUGAUACAGGUAGGAGGUACUACAGGUGCUUCCACAUAGUUCCUCUGAUGUUCAUCUUCUGUGUCGUAAUCUAAUGCACUGCCAGCUACACUAUUUUUUAAACCAAUGUACUAGUCAGACAGAAACAUACUAGUGUGGCUACAUGGACAAAGACUUAAAGUUGCAAUAUGUAACUGUUUGGGGACCUGACCAAAUUCACAUAAAAAUGUGUGUUAUAGAUCUGUCACUCUUCACUGAAAACAAGUCUAAGAAGCAGUAGAUCUGUUCUAUGUGCGCUAUUUCUAUGCUUCCCGUUAAGAUUUGUUGUGUCUUUUACUUUCGGUUUUGUACACCAGCUUCAAACAGAUGAAAUACAAUAUUUUGGGUCAUGUCAAAUAUAUUUGACAGCGGUUUAGAUGGUACAAUGAUUCUCUACACUAUAGUUGCUUGUUUUGUCACAUAAACUAAAAUUAAGCAAAACUGUUAGAAUUUUAGCAAUCAGGAAAUGGCGGAGCGAUUUCUGCAUAGUGCAUCUUUAAGAGUCUCCCUGACUUUAGUUGUGCUGACAGACAUUCAAAUCAGUCUUUUACCUUCAGUGGGGGAUCUACACUCCUCUUCCUUCAUGGCCUGAGUCCAUGAUCUGAAAGCCAACCCCCUCAGACAUUCGGUGUGUUUUAAAACUUCAAGGAUUUCCAGGGGCGUGUUCAUGAUGCUGAUUCUGUUGCAAAACAUUUCUUAAAAUAGAAGCAAAUGGAACGAAACAGGGAGGGACCUACCUGUAUUUGUCUAAUAGAAACUAUUGUUUUAGUUGCAAAACGGAACGUUAAUGAUGGCUAAAGAUCACACCCCUGGUAAUGGAGAUUUCUCAGAAUCUACCGGCGGGGUCAAGGAGGUAAGGAUUACCUACUACACGUUAGUAGGAAGGGCACAGUUAUGAAAGUUAUGUGGCUUGUCCUGCACGGGAGGGGGAAUCUGGCACCUGAAGUAAAUUCAUUUCAUGCCUUUAGAUGAGACCGAUUUGACAGUCCUCCAUAACCUAUGCAGGGAUUGGCAACCAAGGGGUACAGGAUGUCCACUACAAAUUCAUGACUGUAGAUUCUAGAAGAUUCUAGUAUCUCUUACAGUCAGCUCACACCGGCCCCCGCAUGGAGCUCAGCCUUAUGAUAACAGCCUCUAAAACUCAGUCUCUGAGCCUGGACCUUACCUGCAGGUUAGCCAUGGAAGUGAGUAUCCAGACGGACCAGAUCUCCGCCGACUCCCUGCCUAACAUUAACCCCCUGGUGGGCACCUACACUGGCGAGUUCGAUGCCUACUUCUGUCAGAUCGCCACAGCACCUACAACCACUAGCCCCGCUUCUGUCCAUGAGUCGCCCUUCAAGCUGGAUGACUUCCAGAUUUACAGCUGCUACCCUGGCACCUUUGCACUGAGCUACUUUGAUGAAGCCCUGUCUUCUGGUGGCUCUGAAUAUUUAGGCAGCCCUGCGUCGGCCCAGUCUCCCUCUACCCCAGGCUUCCAGCCUUCAUCGGAUUGGGCCUCGGCCUCCUGCCCCUACUCUCCCAGCCCGGGCUGCUGGGUGGCUGAUAAGACUGCAUUAUCACAGACAUCCUCUUUCUUCACCUACGGCCCCGGCUCAGUGGAGGAUCUGUCUCCUCUGGGUCAGCCACAGCCCCAGCUGGCUGAGCAAGACCACUUCUCUCUUGGCCUGGAGCAGCACCCCUCCCCCCUUUCCUUCUCCCCUCUAACCCUGGAGCCAGGCACCCUAGAUGACUCUGGCUUCAUGGAAGGUAGCAUGUCGCUGAAACCGAACAGCCCUACUGGAAACGAGGGUCGCUGUGCCGUCUGUGGGGACAACGCCUCCUGUCAGCACUAUGGGGUUCGUACCUGUGAGGGCUGCAAAGGUUUUUUCAAGGUGAGCAGCUUUUUCCUCUCUUCAGUCAAUUUAUUUCAUAAAUUGGUGUAAAUGCAUUUUUCAUGCAAUGUAAACACAAUUCAUACACUGCUCAAAAAAAUAAAGGGAACACUAAAAUAACACAUCCUAGAUCUGAAUGAAUGAAAUAAUCUUAUUAAAUACUUUUUUCUUUACAUAGUUGAAUGUGCUGACAACAAAAUCACACACAAAUUAUCAAUGGAAAUCAAAUGUAUCAACCCAUGGAGGUCUGGAUUUGGAGUCACCAUCAAAAUGAAAGUGGAAAACCACACUACAGGCUGAUCCAACUUUGAUGUAAUGUCCUCAGUAGUGUGUGUGGCCUCCACGUGCCUGUAUGACCUCCCUACAACGCCUGGGCAUGCUCCUGAUGAGGUGGCGGAUGGUCUCCUGAGGGAUUUCCUCCCAGACCUGGACUAAAGCAUCCGCCAACUCCUGGACAGUCUGUGGUGCAACGUGGCGUUGGUGGAUGGAGCGAGACAUGAUGUCCCAGAUGUGCUCAAUUGGAUUCAGGUCUGCGGAACGGGCGGGCCAGUCCAUAGCAUCAAUGCCUUCCUCUUGCAGGAACUGCUGACACACUCCAGCCACAUGAGGUCUAGCAUUGUCUUGCAUUAGGAGGAACCCAAGGCCAACCGCACCAGCAUAUGGUUUCACAAGGGGUCUGAGGAUCUCAUCUCGGUACCUAAUGGCAGUCAGGCUACCUCUGGCGAGCACAUGGAGGGCUGUGCGGCCCCCCAAAGAAAUGCCACCCCACACCAUGACUGACCCACCGCCAAACCGGUCAUGCUGGAGGAUGUUGCAGGCAGCAGAACGUUCUCCACGGCGUCUCCAGACUCUGUCACGUCUGUCACAUGUGCUCAGUGUGAACCUGCUUUCAUCUGUGAAGAGCACAGGGCGCCAGUGGCGAAUUUGCCAAUCUUGGUGUUCUCUGGCAAAUGCCAAACGUCCUGCACGGUGUUGGGCUGUAAGCACAACCCCCACCUGUGGACGUCGGGCCCUCAUACCACCCUCAUGGAGUCUGUUUCUGACUGUUUGAGCUGACACAUGCACAUUUGUGGCCUGCUGGAGGUCAUUUUGCAGGGCUCUGGCAGUGCUCUUCCUUCUCCUCCUUGCACAAAGGCGGAGGUAGCGGUCCUGCUGCUGGGUUGUUGCCCUCCUACGGCCUCCUCCACGUCUCCUGAUGUACUGGCCUGUCUCCUGGUAGCGCCUCCAUGCUCUGGACACUACGCUGACAGACACAGCAAACCUUCUUGCCACAGCUCGCAUUGAUGUGCCCUCCUGGAUGAGCUGCACUACCUGAGCCACUUGUGUGGGUUGUAGACUCCGUCUCAUGCUACCACUAGAGUGAAAGCACCGCCAGCAUUCAAAAGUGACCAAAACAUCAGCCAGGAAGCAUAGGAACUGAGAAGUGGUCUGUGGUCACCACCUGCAAAACCAGUCCUUUAUUGGGGGUGUCUUGCUAAUUGCUUAUAAUUUCCACCUGUUGUCUAUUCCAUUUGCACAACAGCAUGUGAAAUGUAUUGUCAAUCAGUGUUGCUUCCUAAGUGGACAGUUUGAUUUCACAGAAGUGUGAUUGACGUGUAGUUACAUUGUGUUGUUUAAGUGUUCCCUUUAUUUUUUUGAGCAGUGUAUAUGCAUCUCCAUUGCUAGCCUGAACUUACAUAGCUAAGUGUUUUUUUCUGUGUUUUUUGCAGCGUACUGUACAGAAGAAAGCCAAAUACGUGUGCCUUGCCAACAAGGACUGUCCAGUGGACAAGCGGCGACGGAAUCGCUGUCAAUUCUGUCGUUUUCAGAAGUGCCUGACAGUAGGCAUGGUGAAAGAAGGUGAGCCCAGCACUUCAGAUCCAUUUUACUACCACAUCUCUCACCAUAACUACUGUUUCUCUCUCAGUUCUCAGUUGCUAAGACAUUAUUGACCUUGUAUCCAUUUCUCUCUCUUGAAGUUGUGAGAACAGAUAGCUUAAAAGGUCGAAGAGGUCGUCUGCCCUCCAAGCCAAAAGAAGCCCAGGACCGAUCGUCCGCUCGGUCUCCAGUCAAUAUCAUUGCCUCUCUUGUGAGGGCACACAUUGAAUCAAACCCCAGUGUUGGGAAACUGGACUACUCUAAGGUAAGGACUACUGCAAAUUCUCCAUUGUGGUCUGUCUAUUAGGACUUAUUGUUUUUUGGGGUUUAAGGUCGCUGUUGGUACUCUUUCUAAGGAUAGAGCAUAAACUGAACAAAGAGAAUGCAGGGCAUUCCCCUAAUGGAACUUACUUUUCUCCUUCCUUUCUAAUUCAGUAUCAGGAGACUGUGGCCAGUCUGUCAGAGAAAGCGGAAGUUGGUGACGUCAAACAGUUCUACGAACCUCCUCACGGCGUCCAUGGACGUGAUUAGCAAGUGGGCUGAGAGCAUCCCUGGGUUCACCGCCUUCUGCUCCGAGGACCAGGAGCUGCUACUGGAGUCAGCCUUCGUGGAACUGUUCAUCUUGCGACUAGCAUACAGGUAAGAAGAACCAAAUGGCGUCAUUGUAAAAAAUGUAAAUGCUCCAGAAGACCACCUUGCAUAUAAAGAGCCAUAGCUGUGUUGUAUUGACAUUGGUCACUGUACUGCUACGAUUAUUCAGUACAUACAAUAUGAAUAUGACUGGAUUGAUUGCACCCACAACACACUGUGCAGAUAUUUUAGCAGCAACAAUCAUGGGUUAACAAAAAAUAUUGUUAAUCAUCCUAUUUAUAAUAUCUUUCCAAGGACCAACCCUGAGACACACAAGCUGAUCUUCUGCAACGGAGUGGUGCUUCACCGGAUGCAGUGUGUACGGGGCUUCGGUGACUGGAUAGACUCCAUCAUGGACUUCUCCCAGAGCCUCCACCGCAUGAACCUGGACGUGUCUUCCUUCUCCUGCCUUACAACCCUGGUCAUAAUCACUGGUGAGAGCUCAACCCACCUACACAUACACACCAGCCUGUCUGGCUCUGUUAACAGAGACAUCACACCAUAAUCCAGUACAGUAUGACAUUGCAACAUAGAGCCUGCAAUCAAUCUUUAUGCUCACCCUGACCUGAGCUGCCUGAACAAGCUGGAUAUACAUAAAUCUUGAUACACAGGCCUACAUAAUGUUAUUGUGUUACAGAAUAAUGAUAAAUGUCCUAUUUUUGAUGCUCUCUCUGCUUUAUUUAGUCACACUCAUGCCUUUUCUGUCUCCUGAUUCCCCAUAGACCGCCACGGCCUGAAGGAGCCCAAACGGGUGGAGGAGUUCCAGAACCAGCUCAUCAUCUGUCUCAGAGAUCACGUCUCGAGUUGCACCUCCGACUCCACUCGGCCCAACUACCUGUCCCGCCUCCUGGGAAAACUGCCCGAGCUACGGACUCUCUGCACCCAGGGCCUGCAGCGCAUCUUCUAUCUCAAGCUUGAGGACUUGGUUCCACCACCCCCCAUAGUGGACAAAAUUUUCAUGGACACUCUGCCUUUCUGA